CGUCGCCGGAAUGACGUCUCCCUUCGACGGAGUGGCCUGCUUCUGGCUGUCACUGAUCUGGAUCCAACUGUCUGUCAUCAAUGCUGGCCUGGAGUUCCUAAAGGAUUUCGUACCCCUUCACCUGGUGCGUCUGAGAGAGAUCGAGGACGAGGAGCGGGCAAUCGAGGGCGAGUGCACCCUGGGCGCCAUCAGCAUUCUGAUUUUGUAGCUGCAUUUCGGGUAUCUCGAGUUGGUCUCAGCUCAACUCUCCGCUCAUCCCAGUUCUCCUCUUUGGGCCUGCUGAGUUAUGGUGGGCAAUAAAUUUAUAUGACAUAUAAAUGUAAAUAAUUGAGCGGCGCGGAGCCGCCGUCUAGAGUUGUCACAGCGGUGAGGAAAAGGCAGAGGCUGAGAGGGUUUUUUUUGAGGGGGAUUCAAGAGGGGGACUUUAAGGGUGCCAGCGG